AUGAAUAUUUCCUCCCUCUUGUGUUGCGUUCCUAAUAAGAAAACUCGCAGUACACAGGAGUCUGCGUCUCCUUCAACAGAUGUUACUUCCAAAAUAAUCCCACUCUCAAGCCCUCAAUAUUACACUGUCGCCAGUGCUGGAGCUCUUUUCCGCACGUAUGCGGACCCAGACGACCCAUCUGUUGUAGGACCGGAGGGCUUUACACGCCUCUGCUCUGACACGGGAAUAUCGUUAGACGGCGCGCUUCCGUUGGUGCUUGCGUGGCAAAUGGGUGCAGCUGAGAUGGCCAAAAUCAAUUUGAGCGAAUGGGAGAAGGGUACGGCAGAGCUUAGAAUAUCUGAUUUGAAGGUGUUGUCUAUUGCUCUACAUGACUUGGAGGAUCUGCUGCUCUUGGGAAAGCCACCAAUGAAACCUUCGCUGGCUACGCAAAACCGGAAGAAAGCGACUUCUUCAUCUCUAGAACCCUACAAUCGUGCACGCUAUUACAGAUACGCUGAAGAUCCUCAAAAGGCAUUCAACGAGCUUUAUUCAUUCUGCUUCGCCCUAGCCAAGCCACCUCAAGCAAGAAACAUCGACAUGGAGACUGCGAGCGCAUUCUGGUCGGUCUUGAUCGUCCCCCGAUAUCCGUUAAUGUCUGAGCUGCUCCAAUUCAUCAAUGACAAAGGAACGUACAGAGGUGUCAAUAAAGAUCUGUGGAACAUGGCGCUCGAGUUCGUUCGCACAAUCGAUCCAAACCUAUCCAAUUAUGACGCAGAUGGGGCAUGGCCCACAAUGCUUGACGAUUUCGUUGCGUGGAAAACAGGCAAGAGCGCCGGAGAAGCAUCGGCGCGAGCUACCGUCGACACUACGGACUAG